UGCCAGCUAUUUAUCGAUAACAUUGAUGUAAACCAGAAAUGAGCAACUUACAUACCGAAGUUGUACGCAUGUGCGGUGUGCAAAUUGUAAAUAAACAAACCCGUCAGAUUGUCAAAACAUAAACACACGAUUUGCUUUGAAUUUCUGCGAGGGAAACGUACUGAGAGGUGGAAAAUGUGUGUAUAUUGUGGUUCUUCUGGUUUUCUGCAGUGUAGAGAAGCGGGGGUAAUGCAAGAGCUGUAUAAACGAAAAGAAUUAGACUUGUUUUGAGCGAGAAAUAUUUAUCGAGAAUGGAUGUCACGGAAUUAUUUCGCUGUUGUAGAACCGGUGACAUUGAAAAACUUAGGUAUGUAUUUUCAUGCAGAAUUGUAGUUCUUUGUGCAAUGUUUUUGUUGUAUCUUCUGCAUUUUGCAGGCUUUUAAAUACACUGUAAAAUGUCUGCAUGUCAGCUAUGUAAAAAAUGUUGUUUUGUCUGUUUUAUAGUGUGUUUAUAUAUAGAACACUACCUGCAUAUACCGGCUAGUAUUAACGUAACAUGAAUUUUAUUAUUCAGGAGGUGUCCACAAUUUAGAACUCGUUCCAUGAUUAUUUUGCCCCCUCGUUCUACAAUACAAUGGAUUGGUUAAUUAUUAACUACAAACACUCUUUCCCUAAUCAUAGAGUACAAGUCUGCUGAAUAUCAAUUAUAUUGUACUUUAUAUCAAUAGACCUAUAUAUACAUUUUAAAUAGAUAUAUGUUUUAAUUGGAGGACCUCCCUGAAAAUCAUGUUAAGCAUGACGGGCUCUGUAAAGAUUACAUAUUAUUAUUACAAUGCAGAGGUCAAGUGUUUGUAGCAGUAUUGUACAAUAACUAAACUGCCGUGGUUUGUGUCUGAACUACCUGAAAAAAAAUCAAAAAUAUCAAUGAAUGUUUUUUUGAGCAUAACUCUUCAUCAUCACCAUUGCUCAAAACAUCAAAAUAUUUUCAAUCUUAUUCAGGUGAUUCUGACCAAAACCACCACAGCUUACAAUAACAAGAAACAAUUUCCAUAUUAUAAUAAUGGUUUAAUGGUUUAAUAAGGCAUUUCCACAUUACAUGGCUAUUCAUCAAAUAUUAUGUUUAAAAUAUGAUUUAUGUGACAGGUAUUUGAUAGAUGGUCUGCAAUAACAACCUUGACAUAAUAAUUUGAUUUAUUUGACAGGUAUCUGAUAGAUGUAAAAGAUAUUGAAGUGAAUGUCAGAGAUAAUUGGGACAGCACUCCAUUGUAAGAAGCCAAAAUUAGUAUACUGUGACUUGCUAACCCAUUGAGUGCCAGUGCUCGAGCCCCUCCGACAAAUAAAACUGUCUGGCAUUAGACAGAGUAAAAUAAUAAAGUAGAGCAAUGCAAGUUAAUGGGUAAAUUAAAUCUGGGCUGGAUGACCAUGUCAUCAAUACACCCUUUCGAUAAUCACCUUGCAUAAUUUACUAGUGAGAGCGAGGCUCCAAGACCAAAAAGUAUGUGUGACGUAAUUAUCGAAAGGGUGUAUUGGACUCCAUUGUCAUGCUAUGACCGUUCCCUACAUUUUUUAGUUUUUCUUCUAAAACCUUAUGUUUCAGAGGGUUUGAACUAAACCUGGGUUGAACCUGGAUUAGGCAUGUAAAUUUACAUGUAAAAACUAACCCUGGUUAAAGUUAUCACAGGUUGAAGCUGGGUUACUUUUCAUAGUGUGAAUUGGGCCUAAAACGUUCUUGUCUUUGACAGAUAUUAUGCUUGUUUGUGUGGCCAUGAAGAUAUGGUUGAACUUCUCUUGAAGAAUGGUUAGCAUUAUUGUAUUUCAUUGGUUAACAUUUGGUAAAUAUUUUGCAGUAGAGGGUCACAUUAACACAGAAUGAUAAAUCAUAGUAUGAUAGGACAUGUUAUUGUACACUACAAAAUCUAAAAUGUGCACUGUAGUCACCAUUCAAAUGAUGUGAAAUAGGCUGGAAGUAUGCAUCUUGUAUGCUGCCUGCAAAUAUGUAUAUUGACACUCUAUAAUAGAUCAAUUACUUUGUUAUAUAUUCACGACAGUUAUUACAACCUGAAAGCCAGGUAGGUUUUAUCUUGUAGAGUAGUACAACAUCCAUCGUUACAAAACGACUUAGACAGCUUAUACAAUUGCACAUAAACUCGUUAUAAAACAUUCCUUGCAUCUCGUUCUUGCGCGCCAUAUUUCUAUCGCGGAAAAUGCUCAUUUUUAAUACACCAACGCAAUCAUUCAACAGGAUCUCGUUGUGAGGCGCACACAUUUGACGGAGAACGAUGUCUUUAUGGUGCAUUGACGGAUGAUAUCAGGAGAAUCCUACGAAGAUAUAACGCUAUCAACUCAGAUUUCAUGAGACGAGAAUCAUACGACGAGUUUUUACGAAGGUAAAUUAACAAAGAUCUAUGCAGAUCCUUAAAAAGUUUUUAGUGAUUAGAGUACCGUUGUAGAAUGAACUAAUGAAAAUUUGGGACGGUGUAUAUUUGUUUCCGAAUGGGCCCGAAUUUCGAAAGACCUUCCAGUUUGAUUGAAUCGCGUCUUUGAAUGCGUUGCCUGCGCGCUUUUGCGUUCGAAUGAGUUUUACUUUGAAACGCAACUGGAACGCAGUUGGAAGUUAGUUUGAAAGCGUUACGAAGCAGCUGACGGUGGCAGGGGCCAAGUUAAGAAACACGAUAUUCCUUAACUCCGGUCUGAAUGUCGCAGGCUAACUGAAACUACUGCAAUUUCAUGUUUCAUGAAAUUUCCUGGCAACACCCUGGGUGGUCAACAUUGGAAAUCGUGCAUGACAGUUGCAGGAGAAAGAGUCUAAAUCUCUCUCUUUUAGUAAUGGACCACCAAAUACAAAACCACUACAUUUAACGAAAGUGAUGAAAUUAUUUUCUCACUUUGAUAACUCCAGGUGCACGAUAGUGCUUAGUGGAAUCUGCAGAUCUCAAAGUGCUUUAGGCUUGCGUGAAUCUAUCCCAAAAUGUCUAUUCUUAUUAAAAAUUCAGUCGUCUUUUCUUCAAACAGAUCAUUUGAACAAGGAAUGUUUGCAGAUAUUUAUUUUGUGGUCCACGAUGAAACAAUCCCAGCGCACCGUGCGAUCUUGGCGACAAGGUCUGCUUACCUCGCGGAAAUGCUACAAACUAAAUGGUCAGAGAAAAUGGUGUUUUUCCCGAGAACAGCUGAGGUGGGUGUUUUCAUGUAUUAAGUAUGUCGCACACCCAAAGACCUCGCGUUGUAUUGCCUGUAUUGAUUCAACUUUCUAUCGUUCUAGUUUAACCCUGGACAAUUUCGAAAUAUGCUCAAAUACUUCUAUACAGGUAGGUCUAUGCAGAACGAUUACAAAAACAAUCUUAACAUGCAAUGCAGUCUUGUUCUUAUUUUUCAGGUACAGUUGUAGCAUCAUACGAGGCAUCAUGCACACAAGCCCGCAAAGUGAAUUCUCCGCUUAGAUUUACACCCAAUGGGGUUUCAAACGAAUUAAAAGUUUUUAUCUUUUCAGGCAAGCUGGAUGUUCCAUUUGAGGAAUACGAAGCGUAUCUUUAUCUCGCUCUGCAGUUUGAACUUUGGCAGCUGACGAAAUUGAUUAAAUCGCGUCUGGAGAAGGCAAAGACAUAUGGUUUGUACAUUUAGGAUUCAGAAUUCUUGUGACUGAUGGUGUACAUUGCACCAGAGACCUUAGGUUCGAUUCCCGCUUGGGACAAGUUGUUCGAUUUCAUUAAUUAGACACCACAACUCGAAAGUUUUGAACUAUUAAAAUUUAACUAGUGUAAUUCUGGUUCUUAGGUGCGUCAAAGCGCGGUUUUGUACGAGUGAGCAUGAUCAGUAUUGAUCCAGCCAUGGAGGGAAAGAAUCUUAAAGAAGAUUUUACCAAACUUGCUGAAGUUGCUUUACCUGAACCUUUUAGAUCACAGGUGAGAUCGUAAUACACGCACUAAGUAAUUAUGAAUUUCCGGCAAACAAUUGGCCCUACAACAAUACAAACAAUGUAAUAAUGGUGCCAGCUAGUCCCGAUCAUUGAACUGAAUAGAACUGGAAUGCUACCUCCAACCGGAAAUUUGAAGCCAAACUUGAAGACCAGUCCCAGUCUUUUCACGCAUACGAAGAGCGCUCAUUCAGUCAAUCAUGAUCAUAAACACGCGAGUCUUAACCUACGGGGUCAAGAUUUGGCUUCAAAAAAAAGAUCGGUUCAUUUCAAUGGUCCCGAUCAAGUGAUCGAAAUAUUCCUGAUUGUCUUUUCAUUGUUUUGCCAUGUCAUCCAGUCUCUCAUUGUUUUGAUAUAUUUGUGACGUACAGUAUGCAAAGAACUUAAUGUUAUUUUUUUCAUUUCAGCAACUUCCAGAAGAAUCGAUGUUUAUUUCACAGUUAUUGGGUGCGUGCCUGACAGUGGCAUAGCCAGCCCGACAAUUAGCCCUUUCCCAAAAGAGGUCACAGUGCAUUCUGGGAUCGUUUGGAGGGACAAAAUAUAUGGUGACAGGCGUCAAAUAUGUGAAAGAGUAGAAGUAUCUACUAUAUCAAAUAUCAACUUUUUAGACGACCAAAAAUGAAAUAUUUCCUUUUUACAUUCAACUUUUAAUUUAAAUGUGUGCUGUCAUAUUUCUUAUCCUUCCAACAUGGGAUUCGCACGACUAGACCCAGGACUUUGGGAAAUGGCUAAUUUAGUCCCGCUAUGCAAAUUCAAAAUUAUUAUCAUUAUUCAUUUCUUUAGAAAUUGAUUGUUUUCACAUUCAAUGAACACGAAAAUAUUUGCAUAGCGGGACUAAAUCGUCGGGUUGGCAGCUACUGGUGCCUGACUGUUCGUGAUUCUGAUCAAUUUUCAUUCAGUUAUGAUUAAUAAAUGAUCAUGUUUAUCUUCAGGUGAUGUUGAUUAUGAACUUGAUGAUUUCUCGUCAUUUUCUGAUGUUUGUUUUGAUGUUCAAGGUUACGAGUUUUAUUGCAACAAGGUAGGAACCUCCGAGAGUUAAUGCGAACUAUAACCAUGUCAUGGUAACUUCCAUCUUCCCUCCCAGGUAUUUUUCUGUCAUCGCAGUGAUUAUUUCAAAGCGUUGUUCGAGUUCUCUCAAACUGCCGCGACCAAUCAAGAUCUUGAAGAUGACUGUCGUAUCACUAUCCAUGACGUCACACCAGCAGUGUUUGCAGUUGUUGUCGCCUAUCUAUACAUCGAUGACGCUGAGGUAACGUGAGAUAGUCCUGGAAAGAAGUAGCCUGAAGUGGUUCUGUUGUAAUAUAACAUACUAACCAGAUCUAUUUAUACUGCAUAGUUCUAUCAGUUCUAAACUGUUAAUAUUCGCUCUAGAUAUCCAUCAAGGGCUAUCCCUAUUCGUGCAGUGUUAGUACGGAAAAGACGUAAACUAAACCAACACUAUUUGUGCUAGAAAGCUUUAUCAGUUCCCAACUGUUCCCUCUAGAAGUACAGAAGGGCAGUAACUUAUUUUCCCAGUGUUAUCCCAGGAGAAACUGGAGUUGACCAAGGGAAAACAUGGUAGAAAUAUGUCAGUCCAGAUUCCCUCCCUAUUAUUUCGCUAUGUACUCAACAGACUUCCCCGAAGAUUCAUAAUGCGUUUCCAUCCUUCAGAUUCCAUGUGACUUUGAUGAAAUUUAUGACGUGAUUUGUGCGGUUGAAAUGUACUUGCUGCCUGGUUUGAAGCGACAUUGUACCAACGCUAUGAUAGAAAUACUUGAUGUAAGCAAUGUUCUGGAGGCUGUUCGUGUAAGUAGGACUUUCGCAAUGCCCAGACUGGAAUCUGAAUGUUGUCGUUUCAUCGCGGAAUAUAUGGAUGAGGUGAGGGUAAACUUUUGAUUUUUGAUACAAGUCAGGGAUGGAUUUAUUGGGGGGUGCACACCCCCUAGCCCUGAACAACAAUUACAAUUCAAAUACAGUAUGUUGAUUGGCGGGCGGUACACAUGACCGACACCACUCGGCACCAGAGCUGGCAGAGCACACUACCCUACGAGAUCAUGCUGGAUCCGUCUCUGAUACAAGUGAAGCUAUCCAGUAUAAAGUAAAAGUUAUUUCCUAGAUGGUGAACGACCCAGGGUUGAUUGAAUUGAUUGUUGAAGACGCGCGAAGCAUUAAGGGAAGACAAGAAACAGACUCGAUUCCUUUAGUGGACGACAUUCGCUCUCAUCUCUAUAAUUCAUUGCUUCCCAACUACUUUGGUAACCAGACCUCUUCUUCUGAGUACAGGCUUGAAGUUCUGGAGAAUUUGUUGAAAAAUAUCGGUCUGGAUUGUUAAGUAUCCUGAUUGUUAUAUAGAUUUUAUAAAGCUUUAGAAAUUACAUGCGCACUUUUAGGGCCCUUUUAGGCAUUUCAAAUUUUUUCUCUUGGCUCUCAUUAUGGUGGUAGGCCGUUGCAGAAACAUUGUUUCCUAGCCCUAUUUCCCAAAGGUUAGUGACAAACCUGGAAACAUUGUUUUGUGGUCAUGUUUCUUUCAAAGUGGACAAAACAGGAAAUGUUAUUCCCUAGCUAUCUUUCCCGAAGGUCGAGAAAUCGGUCCUGGGCAUGAUUCCUGAAGGUAGGCAAACCAGGGAAAUUGAGGGAACAUUGUUUCUGCAGUUUUCUUGUAUUUAUAUUAGGCUGUAUAUCUAUGAACAUAUAACCGGUGUGUCUAGCUUUUUGUUAAUUAACACUUUUGUAGGAUUAAUUAUUUGCAAUGUAUGGUAGUGUAUAAAAGUAUACAUAAAUAGUUAAAUAUAAUUGGAGUCUUUGUCCGCAUUGAAUUCGGUCAAAAGGUUAGCUUGAUUUUGUAGUAGAAUAUAAAUUAUGGUAAGCAUAUGUAAAGUGAUGUUAAAUGAAAAUGAUUUCAAUAUAUCACCACUUAAAAAUCAC